AUGGCAGAUCAAUUUUGUUUACGCUGGAAUAACUUCCAAACAAAUAUAGUGAGUGCCUUAGAUUCCUUAAAGUGUUCGGAAGAUUUGGUCGAUGUCACGCUUACCUGUGAAGGCCGAAACAUCAAGGCCCAUAAAGUGAUACUGUCAGCUUGCAGUCCGUACUUUAGGAAUGUGUUCAAGGAAAACCCAUGUCAACAUCCUGUUAUUAUUCUGAAAGAUGUGUCAGCUGAUGACAUAGUCAGCUUAUUAUCCUACAUGUAUCAAGGAGAAGUAUUUAUUGAAGAAAGCAAACUGUCGUCAUUUUUGCACACUGCAGCUUUAUUGCAAGUUAAGGGACUAACAGGAGUCACUCAUCAGAAUGAAAAUUUUUCAUCCCCAAGAACUACUACAAAGUUAUAUACACAGUUGACAAUAUCAUCAAAAUCUAAUAUUGGUGCUACUCAACAAAAAGAAACAAAGAUACCUGCACUUAAAAAAAGACGUAGCAGUACUUCAGAUAAACCCAGUGACGUUAUAAAUGUUGAGAGUCAUAAAAAGAGUAGAGUAUUAGAAACAUGUGAUAUUUACAAUCGAAAUGGUUCACAUUCUAUUAAAGUUGACAACCCAGUAUUUGUGACAGAAAAUCAUGUGGAUAAAAAAAGUGAUGGCAAAGUUGACAGUCAAUUGGUUACAGCCAAUGGUAAAGGUGCUCCUACAAACCAGGGAAAUUCUCAAGAAGAUGUUCCUGUUUCAAUUAAAACAGAAUGGAUUGAUGAUAAUACAACAGCUUCAGGUCCUCCAACAAUAAACUCCGAAAAUGAUGACAGUCUUCCUGAUUAUGAAAACAGUAUGCUUGCCAGAUCAUUGCUCUCAGGUAUUAAUCCAUCAAAGAGUGAUGUCACUAUUAACAACCCACCGGUCAAAAAAUCUGCAACUGUCAUGGAUACACAUUCUACAAGACCUAAGGAAAUAAACACUGAUUCUAUUACUUUCACCAAUGCAGUUUCAAAAAGUCCUAUAAAAAGUUUAUCGGCGGAGGAAUCUCUAGUUAAGACAGAGAAGCAUUCACCACACUCUGAUAUAGAAUAUGAGCCUGAAGUACUGCUUUCGGAGCAACAAAUUGGUACAGAGGUGGAAAACACAUAUACUCAAGAACAGUCACAAGCAUUACUUUUAUUAGCGGGCAUGUCAAGUGGUCCAGUCUUAGGCACUGUUGCAUCAACAUCUAACCAUGCUGCCAUAUGUGGGGACUGUCCUCAUUGCGGCAUGAAGUAUUCCAAUCAGUCAGCUCUUAAGUAUCAUGUGCGGCUUAUGCAUUCAGAUCUGACAAAUAGGUUAUGCUGUUAUCUUUGUCCAAGGUCUUUCACAAUGAGAGAAACCUUUAAAGAACAUAUGUGGACAAGUCAUGGGCAAAGGAAUUAA